UUCUUGGUGAUUAUCUGCGGAGGGAAUGUGCAGAAACUAAAGACCCAGUAGCAGAGCACAAUGGCUAGCAUAAACUUCAUUUCCAUGCCCAAAACUAGCAUUCUUGCUUCUUCUCUACCCAACAACACUUCACCAUCACUUCCUCCUCACACUAAACCCAAUUCCCGGCGACAAACCACCUCCCCACCACCACCACUAACGGUUGAACCAAAACAACGGCAGAAACAACAGCAAAAUCAACCUUCAAUUGCAGAAAUUGAACGAGCCAUUGGUGCCGGCACUUUCAGAGACAGAGACACAAGCGGAGGGGAUUCAGAACAGAACCAGACUAUGUUUGAUGUCAUUUUCUCGAAUUCUAUUGGGAAGACUGAAGGGUCAGUGGAGAAGAAGCUCCGGGAGACUGGGGAGUGGAUCAUUGAUCGAACCGAGACCUCGUCUCGUUCUGAUGGGAAGAGAAUCUUGCUGAUCGUGUUCUUAGGAGUCUUACCAAUGUGGAUUUUAUCAUUUCUAGUAGCUUCCGGGAUCAUAAAGCUACCAUUCAGCAGCCCUUUUCUUGAUGAUCUGAUUAUGUGAGUAAAGAACUGUAUCCCAGUUUAAGCCAAGGCUCAAAUUUUCUGUAUGUUCAUGGCAUGCAAUUAUUGACAUGCCUCCAGCUUCCUGCAAACUAUCAAGUUAAAAUUCCAUAGCCACCUCCACCGCGUUGUGUUUAAAGCAGAUCUAAUGUACGAAGGAGCAUAUAUAGAAGGACAUACGUGAACAUGUUGCACAACCAAUCCAUGUUGUAGCCCAUUUCACCUUUUUAUACAUAUUCUCAUUGUAUAUGUACAUUUUGACAAGUUUAUUGUGUCAUUACCAUGAUAUAGAAUAUAGUAGGAGGUUCAAACAUUCUUUGUUUUGGUGCUUCUCUUGUCCUUAAGUAAGAGAAAGGUCUCAGUUGCAGACCUGCAGCCUGUCAAAUAAAUGUUCAACCAUUAGAUUUUCAUGUCCCUUUUUUUGUUUGUGGGAGAUAACAUUACCUGAUUCGACAUAUAAGAUCUUUGGCAUCGAAGGUCUGAAACAAACUACUAGAAUAUCGGAAUGUUUAAAUUUCAAAUGUGUAGAAGUAGAACCAAUUUCUCCAUUAUAAUAAUUUCACAUCAGUUGGUUCUUUUUUUUUCCGAUCAAUUUAGCAUUAGUCGUUACACAAAGAAUGGAUCUUCAAUGCUAUCACGAAUCUUUUGACCAU